AUGCAACCCAGGAUCAGCUUCUCUUCGAAGUGCGUUGUUUGCGAUGAUCCAAGUGCCUCCAAGCACUACGGCAAACCUUGUUGCAGGUGAGUUCACACUUCACGCCUUGAUUUAAUCUCAGCGCUCCAAUUUGAAGCGGUUGCAAGGGAUUCUUUCGACGUUCCGUCAGAUUUCGCCGACAAUAUGUGUGCGCGUUCGAGAAUGAAUGCAACAUCAAGGGAGGUGAGUUCAAUUUUUGAUCGAUACUCAUAACAACUCAAACAAAACUGAAUAAAAAUUGGAGGUAAUGAUCCAUUUUUAGAAGCCCGCAACUCCUGCCGCGCCUGCCGAUAUCGGAUCUGCCUUGAACAAGGACUACAACCGAUUUGUAAGUAUCUUUUGGGCUGUAACACAAGAAUGGGACACGAAUAAAAGCGUGUUUAUAAUCAAAUUAAUUUUUCAGUAGUCCACAGUGAUCGUGCUUGCGACGUGGAUGCGCCAAAACGAAAGAUUUGCAAAGCGCUGACAGUAAAACUUGAAAAAUCCGAGUCAAUGGAGGAGAAAACGGACGAAGUGGAUCUUCCCAGCGUAUCAACAUCCCCAGUCAAUGAUGAAAAAGACCUCAUACAGGAAGCUUUCAAGAACUGCGACACCCUUCUUACCGCUCGAAAAACGGUAAAUUACGGCAGAAUUUCGAGAAUUUUGGAAGUCACAUAUAAAAUUUACAUUUUCCAGGUGAUAAAGAACUCGUUUUUGCCCUUAGGCGCAAUGAACUUGGUACCGUUCUCUCGAAACAACACGCCAGCCUCUUUGUUGAAGUAUUAUUUUACGGUGGAUCGACUGGUCGAUAAUUAUUUUGAGACGAAAAAUGUUUUAUUUACCGAUCCCAUCGCGUGUGACCUGGAGAUGAGCUUCGACGCCGCAUUUCUCUACGAACCCGGGAAGAUGUGCGAUCGGACGGUGGUAAGUUUAAUGGUACACAUCAUUCCGAACUUUUUUUGUGAGCAAAAUCCGGUGUCAAAAAAGCAAAUUUUUUUGUAAUGAUUUUUUUAACAGCUAGAGGCGCCUCAGACAAGGCGUAAUAAAGUGCGGAAAAAUAUCAGAGCGAUAAAACACAUGUCGCUCUCUGACAUUAUGCAAAUUUUAAGGAUUUUAACGGCUUACAACGGCCGGGAAAAAUGAUUUAAAAAAUGGUAUUUCUUAUUUUUGACGCCUCAGAACUGCACUUUACCGUACACUUUUGAAAAAACGAAAGUUCCUAUUUUGUAGGAAAUUUGAUGCUGUAUAACAUAGUUGGGAAUUAUGUCAUUCCCUCCCAUGGUUCCUUUUUUCUAUGGCUAAAGACCCCACUUUUCGGCACAAAAUCGCGGUUUUUUUUUGCCUAAAGUGCAAAAAUCGAAAAUUUUUUUGCAACAUAUUCUUCUUCACCCUAUCAAGGAGUAGUGUACCAAAAAUUUUGUUUCAUGCCUUUCAGGUUGUUCUGAAUUAAGGAAUUUCGUUCUCAGACGUGAAAUGGAGAAAGUUUUGAUCACAACUCAACUCAUGGCGUUAAAUUGAUGCUUGUUGAUAAAAAGUUGUCAUCCGGCUUGCACGAUAACAAACAGUAAUUGUAAUCUUGUCCAUCGGUUUGCUUGUCGCAACGAGAAUACGAAAUUUCCUAAUUCAGAACAACCUGAAAGGCAUGAAACAAAAUUUUUGGUACACUACUCCUUGAUAGGGUGAAGAAGAAUAUAUUGCAAAAAAAUUUUCGAUUUUUGCACCUUAGGGAAGUGUACAAACGAACCCUCACCAAAUGGCAAGUGAUAUACACCAUUUGAAAGCACUUGAAAAAUGGUGAAAGGUACCAUUUUCAUUUUUUGCAGAAUGCCUUUCCGCGACGACACACUGUAAAUUAUAUUAUUUUUAGGUCAUUUCGCAACAAAAAUCUUUCCUUCUCUUGAGCGGAUAAAAAUCCUCGAAGAGAGUUGCUUCAAUAGUGCAGUGGUUGCUGAGCAGGCUGACAAGCCAAACCAAGCUAGGUUCGAUUCCCAGCUUGGGCAAAAACAUUUUGCGUUCUUACAGUUAGGAAAAUAUUUGAGUUAAACUUUUACACACGCAUUAAUUUUUCUAGAAACCGGUCGAUUACGGUUAAAAUCAUCAAACUUACAAGUUUUUCAAGAUUAAAAAAAGUGAAAAGUGUUUUUUCACGUUAUGGGUAUUUAAAACCAGUAAAUAUCAUAUGUAAAAUGGUUUUACUGGCAAGCGCCAAACUUCAUAAUGAUUCUUAGGCCAAGCUAAUAGCAAUAUGUACCAUCUAGCGUUUUGAAAUAAGAUUUAUUUUGCCCCACAGCAGAUAUUGUAGCUACUUAGGGGAAAAAUCAACCGUUUAUAAUUUUUUGCCCUGAGGCAUUCUGCAAAAAAUGAAAAUGGUACCUUUCACCAUUUUUCAAGGGCUUUCUAAUGGUGUAUAACACUUGCCAUUUGGUGAGGGUUCGUUUGUACACUUCCCUAGUUAGGCAAAAAAAACCGCGAUUUUGUGCCGAAAAGUGGGGGCUUUAGCCAUAGAAAAAAGGAACCAUGGGAGGGAAUGACCUAAUUCCCAACUAUGUUAUACAGCAUCAAAUUUCCUACAAAAUAGGAACUUUCGUUUUUUCAAAAGUGUACGGUAAAGUGCAGUUCUGAGGCGUCAAAAAUAAGAAAUACCAUUUUUUAAAUCAUUUUUCCCGGCCGUUGUAAGCCGUUAAAAUCCUUAAAAUUUGCAUAAUGUCAGAGAGCGACAUGUGUUUUAUCGCUCUGAUAUUUUUCCGCACUUUAUUACGCCUUGUCUGAGGCGCCUCUAGCUGUUAAAAAAAUCAUUACAAAAAAAUUUGCUUUUUUGACACCGGAUUUUGCUCACAAAAAAAGUUCGGAAUGAUGUGUGGUAUAAUAUUAGAUAGCACGCGCAGCAGUUAUCAAGCUAUGACUGUAUAUACAUUCUUCUUCAAAUUUCAGAUGCUCUGGGAACCGAAGAUGUUCAUAACCCUCGAAUCGUUCAAAGCCAUGUGGUGUCGAGUGAUGCUCAACUUUAUCGAUUGGGUAACGCAUGUGCCGGAGAUCAAAGCCCUUCAGCCCGAUGACCGAAUCAAAAUGAUUGUUGGGAGGUCCGUUCCAAUUAUUUGGCAUAUAAUCGCGGCGAGGUCCUAUGAUUACGUUGACAAAAGACUAUUGCUGCUCGGCGGUGGAACGUAUUUCACCCCGAAUGGAGAUGACAUGAUCGACGAAGUGGAGGACAUGUAAGUAGGAAUGCGAGCGACGCAUUUCAAACUAUACAGUGGGGGACCUGAUCCAGUGGCAAAAAACGUACCAUUUUGCAUCCGGGAUGUAUCAAAAAUGUGGCAAAAUGCUUCCCUCUCCAAGUGAAAAAACUUCGUUUUGAAGGGCGCACCCUUUUUCCUCACAAAGAGAGCGGGCGAGCUUUUGAAAUCUGGGUUUUUUCACUUGGGGAGGGAGGUAUUUUUCCACAUUUUUUGAUGCUUCCUGGAUGCAAAAUGGUGCGUUUUUUGCCACUGGAUCAUGUCCCCCACUGUUGUUUUAUUUAUCAAAGCUCAUUUCCAGUAUCCGAAAUUUCUGUGUGGACGUUGGCAACUGGAUGUACGACGCAUUCUUUGACCCAGCAGUCGAGAUUGGUGUCACCAAAUCAGAACUGAUCUUCCUUCGACUUAUAUCCCUGUUUACGAUGGUUCCCGGACUCACGCCGGAGGGAAAGAAGGCGGUGCGGUCAGCACAAGCCUUCUACCGGAAUACUCUACACCAACACUUGAACGAGGUCAAUCCCAGUAUGAGUGAGGCCGAUAUUGCAAAAAGAAUGGCGGAAUUAAUGACUUUACUACCGCCUUUUGAGGUGAGUUCUGUUUUGUAGCAGUAUCACAAGAGCGUACAUACAAUUUUUUGAACUUUCGAUAGCUGUUAGAGAGCUCACUUGAGAUACUCAACAAGUUUCGCUGACUAGAGACCAUAGAAAUGAGAGAAGAAAGUGAAAUGUAAAAAAUAUCAUAACUUUUUUCUCUGGCCCGCUACUAACUUUAAUAACUCUCUUGUCAUCAAAAAUCGUUAUAACUAUCCCGGCUAUCACCCGUUUUCACCGCAACAAUGUCUCCAUUUCAGAGAACCAACCAAAUCGAAGACAACCACUUCACUCAACUCGUGGUCUUCAACCUGGCCAACCUACAAUCCAGCCUGAUGUAUGAUUUCUACGUCCGACGCAAGAUGCGUUUGUAA